AUGGCGAGGCGAGAAGAAGAGACGAAACAGAGUCCAAGAGACCCAAAAGUCCGAGCGAGAGAGUCGUCGGAGCCGGUUAAAGUUGUGAGCAAUGGUACAAGCGGAGACUCUAGCAUGUUCAGCCCCAGAUUCAAAUCCGUGGCUGCCAUGGCCGGUUGGGACGAAGAGAGUCUUCUAAUCGCAAGCCUCGUGGUCGAUGAUACGCCAGAGAGACAAGUUAAAUACAAGAAGCGUUCUGAUCUGCACUUCAAGACCCCACCAACCAAUUCAUCAAGAAGAAAGCGCCGAGCUCAGAGAAGGAGCCCAAUUUCAAUGCCUGUUUCUGUUCUCAACCUUGAUGAUGACGAAGAAACUAAAAAAGAUGAGAGUGGAAAAGAGAAGGAAGAACCGCAAAUUAUUGUGAACAAAGAAAAGGAAACAAGAGAUGACAAAAUGGCUGAGAGCUCUGGUGUUUCUUGCCCACCAAGUUCAAAUCUUCCUUGCUUGGAUAAGCUUAGGGAUGAGCUUUCUUGCGCUAUCUGCUUGGAGAUUUGCUUUGAACCCAGUACUACUCUCUGUGGACACAGUUUCUGUAAGAAAUGCUUGCGGUCUGCUGCUGACAAAUGUGGGAAGAGGUGCCCUAAGUGCAGGCAGCUAAUGAGCCAUAGUAGAUCCUGCACAGUCAACACGGUUCUUUGGAACACAAUACAGCUUCUGUUUCCACAAGAAGUUGAAGCAAGGAAAGCUGCUGGAGCCUUAAAUAGUAGUGGAGAAGCUGUGCGUCAAAUCCCUGAGAAGGCGUUUUAUAAUACGAGGAGUGUUCAAAGUAGAAGGGCAUCAUCAGGGGUACCAAGCAACAGAGAAAUGACCAUGAGGAGAAGAAGGGUAAUAUUAAGCCAAGAUGAAGAGGAUGAUGAUGCUGCACUAGCAAUAAGGUUAGUACAGAACACAGAAGCUGAGCAUCAAAACCCAGAACAAGGUGCUUAUAAUAAUCAUAGAAGUAUUCGGCCUCUAAGGACAUCAAGUAGUAGAAGGAUCCCAAGCCAAGAUGGGGAUGCUGCAUUAGCUCUAAGGUUACAGAGAGAGGAGUUUAUGGAGGUUUUUAGGGUGGAUCAUGGUCAAUCUGGCAGCUCUCUUUCCUUGGCUCGAGCAAACCUGAGAGCCAUGACAUCUAGAGCCGCUAGCCACCGUGCUACAACCCGACAUUUGUAG